CAGUAUUUGACCACCAGAAUUUUGUCAUCUGUGUGGAUUUGAAAACUCACUAAGAUCUUAAUGUUGAGAAAUUUAAUUUUGGGAAUAUUUUUUAAGUCCCCUAUCUUCCUCUUUCUGCUAAGAAUGAUGAAACUCAUUAUUGUGCUCAAAGCUAUGAUCAAAAUAAGAGAAAGUUCAAUGACACCCUGGCAAGGUUUCUGUUACAACACUUUUUCCAUUGGUAGUGACAGCAACUGUAAUAUAAUAAAUAAUAAUCUGAAUAUUAUUUCAUUUUAUAGGACAGGAGAGAAUAAAAUAUAAAAUAAAAAAAUGAAAAAUGAAACCAAUUUUUUUUUAAAAAUUUGUUCCUGGAUUUGAUUUGAUUUGUUCACCAAGUCAAAUUGUCCUCAAUGAUGAAACACCACAAAGUGUUACAGUAAACUUUUUGGACAGAUAGCAUCUUAGAAACUACGUGAUGUCACUCUGUAAAAUCAGCUCACGCAGCGGGACAGAACAGCUUGUGCAACACAGUGUGUCUGUUGAAAUAACUGCACUGUGUGAACCGCACACGUUGUUUGUUUGGUCGUUGCCUGGGGUGUACGGAAGUUGAAAGGAGGCUUUUAAAUGGGAUCAAUAGCAUCACCAAGAUGUAACUGACCUGGUAAAGGGAUAAAUAACUAACAUGAAGUUAGGUCAGACUAAAUACCCAAAAGUCAAACGUUGGAGUCAGGCAUUUAAGCACAAGUGAAACCGCCUCAGAGUGAUUUACAUACAUUAAGCAACAUCAAAAGAACUCUUUGUUCACCUUUGAGUCAUUUUAACUUCCAAAGCUCACGUCUCUGCUUCUGAAAUAAACCAGUCUUCUCCAUUUAAACCUGUUCAAUUUAAACUUGACCCUGCUCUUGGAUGGUAGAGCAGGGUCAAGCAGCAGGUGAUAAAUACAAAAAAAGGGCCUCUGACCUCUGAUAUCUCAGAGUGUUUUUGAGCUGCAGCAGGAUACAGAAUUAUCUCUAAAAGUAAAGCCUUUCCAGUCUUCAAGUCAGCCACGGGUUAUUAGAUUUUUUUAUUACUGUGUGCAGUAUAUGACUAUUCAAACAACAUCAUCCACAUUGCUGUUCUCACCACAUGCUGUAAAAGGAGGGACCGCUCUGCCACUGGGCCAUCUCCCUUGACCAAUGCUUAUCUCCACUGACUCAUAUUAAAGAGGCAAAUGUAAAGAAGCAUUGGGCAUUGAUGACUAAAUAUGGUAAAGAAAACCUACGAUCAAACAGCCUGACAGAGUCCGUCUGUACCGCUCAUGCUGAAAAAAAGGCCAGUUGUUACCAGGGAAACCAUGUUUGGCGAGAGUGGGAGAUAAAUUGCAGCAAUAUCUCACUAAUAGUCAUUUCUAUUAUCUGCACUGGAUGUUUAGAUUAACAGGUAAAUAGGGGGAUGUGCCAAGAGACAGCAGCUUGGAGGUAAGGUGCGCAGAGGUGAUCAAACAAAACAGCAAGGAAGACGCACUGGGAGGUAAGCCACGCUGCUCAUGAAAAAUGCCAAGAAUGGGAAGUCUGUUGCAGGAGUGAGGAUUUGUGAGCUGACAAAAAUUGUCACUGUGGACUUGUCCGAGUUGCUUAAAUUGGUGUAAAAUCUUUAGUUUCAUCACAGCACUAUAGAGAAUAGUUAGAAAAAAUAGUUCCUCUUCUCAGACACUGGACUAUAAGAGCUGAGCGUCUGACACAGAUAUUCACUCGAUGGAUGUUGCCCCAUAAAGGCAGAGCUCAAAGCCCUGGAGGAAACGAUGAGCUGUGGUUUAUUGGUGGGGACAGAAAAACCGCUCUGUCUCGUUGGGUUUGUUCCAGGACACUGAGCCAAUAAGAAGCCUUCGUCUUCUGUGGUCGGUGCUGCCCCACAGAUAAAACCUCCUUGUUCUGCAGUCUAUUCAUCCCCGGGGUCGGGGAUAUAAUGUGACACAUCUCAAUUCUUGACCGAGUUGAAAGAUUCACAUGGAGCCCACCACGCAGCGGUGCCACACAGCACUUUGUCUCUCUGUCUACGUCAUUACCUUUGUGCUGGGCUUCCCGGCCAAUAUAUUGGCUUUCUACACUUUUUGUAAGAAAGUAAGGCAGAAACCCACCCCGAUUGACAUUCUGCUCCUCAACCUGACCAUUUCCGACCUCCUCUUCCUCAUCUUCCUGCCCUUCAAGAUGCAGGAAGCAAUGAACGACAUGAUGUGGAACAUGCCCUAUGCCCUCUGUCCGCUGUCUGGCUUUAUCUUCUACAUGACCAUCUACAACAGCACCUUUUUCCUCACUGCAGUCAGUGUAGAGCGCUACUUGGGUGUGGCUUUCCCCAUUCGGCACACUCUGAAGCGGCGACCUGUGUAUGCUGUAGCUGCCAGCAUUUUCUUCUGGAUUUUCUCCACCGCCCAACUUAGUAUCGUGUUUAUCGUGCCCUUUAUCCCCACUGAACGCCUCAACGCCUCAGCUCACCCUAGCAGCGAUAGCAGAAAACAAUGCUAUGAGAACUUCACCGAGUCUCAGCUGAACGUCCUCCUGCCUGUGCGCCUGGAGCUUUGUGUGGUGCUUUUCUGCAUCCCUUUCCUGAUUUCUAGUUUUUGCUACAUCAACUUCAUCAGAAUUCUCUCAAAGCUGCAACACAUUGACCGGCGCCGGCGCAUCCGAGCCAUGGGCAUGGCUUUGGGAACCCUGGUGGUGUUUGCUCUAUGUUUUGGACCCUACAACGUCUCACACAUCAUUGGUUUUAUAAACAAGAAAAGUCCGGCGUGGAGAGACAAGGCCCUGCUGUGCAGCACCUUCAAUGCCUGUCUAGACCCUCUUAUUUUCUACUUUUCUUCCUCUGCUGUGAGAGGGAAUGUGGGUAGUGUGAUGGAAGGGGUUAAAAGCCGUCUCCAGAGGUGCAUGUCUUGUCACCUGCUCCAGGCCUUGUGUGGGGGAAUUACCAAGACUGCACAAGAUAAGGAACACACGCAAGAGGAGAUCAAUGCUAUCUGAGCUGACAGAAAGGGACCUGUAAGCGGCUGCCUUUACUGUUGUCUUAUUUCUUCAUCCCUGGGAGCAGAAAAUUAAUGCCAUGUUAAUGUUUACACAUGUGAGAAAAUGACUUGGCUUUAUACAGUGCAGUGUAUUUUUGUUUGAUGACAUUCCUUUUUGGAAAUGAGACAGGUAACCUUCAGUCUUCCUAAGCACGCCAUGGCAAUUUUGUAUGCAGCGCAUCGGGUAAAACCUCAGAGACAGCCUACUUUGAACUGUCACCAGGACAUAACAACAUUUCUCGCACAGUGUAAGAGAAGUACAGAGACCCUUAAAUGCAGGCAGGUGUUGUGGAGCAUCGCAGCAGAGACUGUAACAAAAUGAAUAUCUAAGCAACAGCGUUGCACGUCAUCUCUCCGCAAUUGGAGAUUAAAUGUUCCAACCAACAUCCUUAGUCGUGAACAGGAUAUUGCUUGCAACAAUACGGUCAUUAUGUGUCAAGCAGUGGUGGUUGAAGAAGAAGUAGCAGAAGAAAGCGAAAAUGCGUGCCAUCUUUGUGCAUAUACAAGCAUGCUGAGCAGUUCGCUUUGUAAUUGUACAUAUGUUUGCAUUUGUAAUGUUUUUUGCAUGAUGAUGGCUGUUCUUAUAUUUAUAUGGGAUAUAUAAAGAAAGAGAGAUGUAUGAAUGUACACAUAUAUAUGCAUAACGGGGGUUGUAAUAAUAUAAUAACACAUAAAUAAAGCUUAUUUUCAUAUUCAAAUAAGAUUAUACAUUUUGCAUGAUGUCUGACUCAUGCAUUAUUUUGUAAAGACACCACGCCAGCAGGUGUAAACAGUGUUUGUGUGGACACACACGUGUGAGUGUAAAUGACGGGAAAAGGAAGAAAGGACUGAUGGAAGCAAAAGCAAACCACACAAACAUUAUUUUCAUAAACAAACUGUACAAUAAUAAAUUGAGUUAAUUAAUAACCUUAACAUUGGCAGCAGACAGGUACGAGGUGAUUGUGUGCGUAUGAGUGAGUGGAAGAAAAGAGAUAAGGACUAAUUUGUUUUGGAAAGAAGGGGGAUGAGAAAUAUGAAAAAUGCCCGUAAUGACCGCCUGCAUCAAGUGAUCAACAGUUGCCAUCGGCAUAUCAGUGAUAUCAUAUGUAAAUGUUUUUAUGCACAUUUUAUGUAUUUACACAUAAAAGCAGGAUGAGUAAUAGAAAGCUUACUGAGCUGCCUCUUUGAUUUUUGAUGUCACUAAUCUGAUUAUACUGAAGAUCCAUCAGCUCACUCAGCUGUUCAAUGUUUAUCAUUUCUGCCAGUAUUUGUUUUUUUUUUAUUCUUGGCAGUGUGGGCAGGGCUAAAUUUAAAAUGAACUUCCUCCAAAGAGUGAAUCAAGAUCUCACCCCACACGCUGCAAACAUAAACAAUGCUAUCACACAAGCAAGCGCUGGCAUCGGCUGUAAUCCUAUUUAGCGAGGAUUAGGCCUGCACAGAGGUUGAGCCGAUCACUGUAUCUGUUUGACAGGUGGAUCGUGCAUGAAUCAUUCAUUUUGACAAACAGACCCCAGUGAAUGACUAAGACGUGUGGGUUAACAGCCAUUGACACGACGCACAAAUCCAAAAAUCUGCGAGUCAGCAUGCCAUAGGAUAAAAAGUUACAGGGAUGAGUCACUUGUACACAUCAGCGAUUACAGAUUAUACACUAUGAAAGAGCACAGCAGAAUAUACAUGCAUACAGAUGUGGUUUAAAAUCUGGAGAAUUUUUCACAUGAAAAAGUGAGACGGACCUGUGCACAUCAUUCACUGAUAAUUGUUUUUUCUUUUCCUGAUGAGUUGAAUGUUGUUUGUAAAAGGUUGGUCUGAUGAGAAGCGCUCAGCUGAACAGCCGGCAAUCCUUUCUCCUUUUUCAUUUUGUCUUUCCUGGAACACAAUAUUUGGUUAUUGCAUCACUGUUGACUUUUCCUUAAUGAUGUGUCAUAGGUUACAGGGAUAAAACAAUAAGAAAAUCAGCCUUGUGUGUGUGUGUGUGUGUGUGUGUGUGUGUGUGUGUGUGUGUGUGUGUGUGUGUGUGUGUGUGUGCUUAUGUGUGUUUGUCAAAGGCUGAAGAAUACAGUACUCACUUGGCAGAUUUCAUUUUCCCUUUGCCCAGAUAUUUCUGACUGCUGUGUGGCACACGAUUGAGAAAAUUGAUGAUCACAAAAAUUAAAAACAUUUUUUUAGCAACUACAUGCAAUUCUAGCUAAACAGAAUUACUCUUACCAUUCAAUAAAAGACAAACGGUCGUUGCAGAGAGGAAACACAUCUUUGCAAUGUUCAAGUAUAAAAUCAGCUCAUUAGGUGGGGCAUCUGUAAAAAAGAAGAAGAAAAUAAACACUGAUUAGCACCGACUUGUCAUGUUAUUGAGCGUGACAGAUUUAAAUCAAGGAGGUCGAGCUGGCUUUGGCUGACGGACGUUCUCCUCCUCCCUGGGAGGAGAGGUGUGUAAGGAUUGAUUGGAGAAAAUCAUUAAUUUGUUCAAGUAUGCAGUAUUGCAGGCAAUCUGUUGCUUUGGAAUGAUCAAUGUGUGACCCAGAUUAAGAGUGAAGUGGUAGUGAAUACUGAGCAAGUGACGGGUAGUAUGUCAGGACCUGUGGUUCGUGAAGACAUUGUUUAUUAAAGGGAUUUUUCCUAUAGAUCACUAAAGAAGAUUAAAAAGAGAUUUGGGGUAUUCCAGUAAAAAAAAAGUCUGCUUUGACAAAGUAACGGGACCUGUGGUUAAAGCCCCUCUGAGCCUGUGAUGAAUAUAAAAAAAAUCUCCUGAUGAAUCUUUGUUUUGUAGGCAGAGCUACUGCAUUACAAAUAUCAGACUGAUAAAGUAUAAGUGUGGUGUGAAUGAGGGUCCAGGGAUCAUAGGUUUGAGCCAUUUUAUUCAAUAUUUGUCACACCACAACACACCAACCCCUGAGUCCCCGUGUUUAUAACUAGGUGGGCGUGAUCAAGGAUGCCGUGCAGUUGCGUCCACCCUCCCUGCACGGCACCGCAGACCACGCCCCACCACAAUAAGACACAGGCCUGUAUACAUUAAAAAAAACUAAAGCUCCUCAAACAAAUUUUUAAAGUAAUGACAUGAGCCUGUAAUUACCUUUACUGUGAGGUUAUGUUUUAGCAUCUAUAAAUGAAGCAACUGUCUCCUGGGCUAAAAAAUGAAAUCCACUGUGCAAGAGCUGCGGUUCCUCAACUGGCCACUUGAGGCUGGCAACAAAAGUGAAAC